UUAUAACCAUCUGUGUUAUCUAUUUCAUAUUACCUGUUUCUCUGAUGAUAUUUGCAUACGGCUCUAUUUAUGUAAAGGUGUCGAAAGAGUCCAAAGCCAAUUUAGGAUACAGUCGGAGGAGGACUUUCGUGGUAAGCAGACAAGAGUUCCAAUUGAAAUUGACUAUCGAACAAGAACUUGCUGUAACAAUUACCAGUAUAAUUGGUUUCUUUUUAAUCUGUUACACUCCAUUCACAUUUGUACUUCUAUUGAGAGUGUUGAUUAAGGAUGUUGAAAUCGACCCAAUUGUCAUGGCGAUACCUUCCAUGAUAACGAAGAUUGCAGGAAUUUUUACACCGUUUGUUUUUUUGAGAAAAAACAAAGUCUUUCGAGAACAUAUGAUGAAGAUAUAUCCUUGUUUGAGAUCGAGAAAAAAAGUACAUGCCGCUGAAAGUAUUGAGCAAACAGCAGUAACAAAUGUCCACAACAACGAUAAAACAACAAUCGUGAAUCGACCUGAAGCAAACGAGGGCAAUAAUUUCAAGCAGUGUGACAAUAGAAAAUGUUCACCUAUCAAAAAGAAAACCACGACAAACGAGGGCAACAACUCCGAGGGGUGUGAUAAUAGAAAAUGUUCACUUAUCAGACAGGAAACCACGACAAAUGACAUAACUGAACGGACUAAAAAAGUACAAGAUAACUGUUCAAAUAUUGCUGUAUACACUGUUGAUAAAUCUGAUAUUUACGAAUAUCAGAAGGAAUCUUCUUUUUCACGAAAUGUUGGGAAAUGUUCAGUAGGUAUUAUAGACACAUUAGAUGCAGAGAAUGUUAUGAAUCUGUCUGGUGUUUAGAACAGUUAUAAUUUUGCAACUUUCCAGCACAUUUUUCCCGGUUUUCUUUGAUAAAAAAUAGUUCCGCGUCAACUACCGUGGAUAUUUGCCUUUAAUUAUAAUAAAGUUACGGA